UGCACGUGCUUUGCAGACGACAACAGUGGCAGUACGUUAUAUACAAGGCCUAGUUAUGUAUGAGGACAAUCAAAAAAGUGGUGAAGGUAGCCAGGACAUGUUCGAGUCCCAGGAGUCUGCACAGCUGGCUCCAGUCAAUGACGGAUCUGGCUGUACUGCACCAUGCAGGGGCUGUGCAGAAAACACAAAGCUGCUACACACAAUUUUGCAAGAGCUGAGGGAACUCAGAGAAGGGUUAAAUGCCAGAAGUGGUGAUUAUAAGAAAUUCGUCAUGGAGAAUUCAGAUAUUGAGGCUCCCCUGCUGGAAUUCUUGAAGACUGCAUUUCUAGUCAAAAUGUUUUUAAGCACUGCAGACUUAGAAUUGAAAUUGCUGUCAGGGAAAAAGGAUGCUGAAAAUCUGAGUGUUCAGGACCUGGGGAAAGAGUUGUUCCAGAGAUUCUCCCCAGUCCUGAACAAUCAGAUUGAACAAACUACAGUUGUUUUGUGCUAA